GCCCAGGCGCAGCCGCUGCGGCUGGUCCAGUGCUGUUCAUCCGCACGCGCAUCGCCAUGGCGGCAAACGCCACUGCGGCCGGCGGCGGCACCAACAGCGGGGCAGGCGGCAGCACGGGUGUGCCGGCGCCCGCAGGGGGUGGCGGCACCCCCGCACCGGCCGGCGGCGGCACCAACAGCGGCGCGGGGGGAAGCACCGGCGUCCCGGCGCCCGCAGGGGGUGGCGGCGGCAUGGGUGGUACCGGCGGCACCGGCGGCACCGGUGACGGCGGCAGUGGCGGCGGCGGCUCUGGCGGCGGCGGCGGCGGCAACAGCCCCAACUGCGGCGUUGUGGACGGCCCCAACGGCCCAGUGGUCAUCAACAAGAAACUGCUCAAACGGAAGCUGUGUGCGGCUCUGAUGCCGCCCCAGUUCGCGCAGUACGCCCAGCCCGGCGGCAUGGACCCGGACCCCGCCAUGUUCGACCAGAUGAUGAACAUGAUGCAGCAGCAGCAGGAGGGGGGGCAGCAGGGGGUGCAGCAGCGGGGACAGCAGCGGCAGGCGCCGCCGCCCGCUGGCGGCGCCGCUGCCGCCCGCGAGUUCCUGCGCUCAGCCCUGGGCGGUGGCAGCAGCAGUGGCGGCUCGGGUGGCGGUGGGGCCCUGGGUCAGUGGGCGGCGGCGGCGGCGGCGCUGCUGGGGCCGGAGCUGCAGCUGCCGGGGCUGACCGGCCAGGGGCUGCUGGGGGGCGGCGGCAGUAGCAGCGGCAGUAGUGACAGCAGCGGCAGUAGCAGCGAUGACGGCUCGGGCUAUGGCGGGCUGAGCGGUCUUGAGCCCAUGGACUUUGGGCCCACGGACACAGCAGGCAGUGACACGGGCAGCAGUGACAGCAACAACAGCGGCAGUAGCAGCGGCAGUGGUGGUGACGGCAGUAGCAGUGGUGACGGCAGUAGCAGUGACAGCGGCCAGGACUGGCGCACGUCCCCCGACUCGCUGCAGGGCAUUGUCAAGUCGGCCUUUGAUUCCAUGUCGCUGGACAGCUUCAACGCGGCGCUGCAGCAGGCCCUGGAGGCCGCAGUGGUCCGGGCCUCCGCCGCAGAGGACCUCCUGGCAGCCGCCGCCGCCUCGCCCGACCUGCAGCUGAGGGACGCCAGUGGCGGAGGCGGCGGCGGCAGUGGCGGUGACGGAGGCGGUGAGGGGGAUGCGGUGAAGGUGGCUCAGGCGCUGCACGCGGGGGCGCAGGCGCACACGGAGGUGCUCAAGGCCGCCGCCCAGUCGCUGCCGCGCAUGCCCCACUCCGCCCUGGUCAACGCCACCAAGGCCUGGAUGCGCAGUGGGGGGCCGGCCAAGGAGAUGAAGGGAAUGAACAAGGCCUCCAACAGCAAGAUGUUCAACAACAACCCCUUCAUCUGGAACUUUGUGCGUGUGCGCCUGACGUUCCGCUUCAGUCCCCAAGACGGCUUCCAGUUCUCCUACAUCCAGUGGUUGUACAACCUGGCGGACGUCAACUCCAUCAUCACCGUGUCGCAGGCGCUGGAGGCGCUGGACGCCACCAUGCGCGGCCGCAACCAGACCCGCUCCGACAUGAUCAAACAGCAGGACGCACAGCGCGAGCAGCAGUUCAAGGCCCGACACAACAAGACCGCAGGCGGCGGCGGCCCGGGCGGCGGGCUGCAUGCGGUGCCCUCGGGCCACCGCCGCCGCCUGCAGCAGGGCACUGCUACGGCCACUGCCACUGAAGGCGCUGCCACUGCUGCGGAUGAGGGCGAGCAGCCGCAGGGGCAGGAGCAGCUACAUGAGCAGGAGGCGGAGCCGCCCUAUGACCCGGCGGACCCGGCCCAGAACCCGCCGCUGCCCCCCGCUGGCCCCGGCCUUAUGCCCACGGGUGAGACGGCGCAGCAGUGGUUUGACCGGGUGGUGGCGGAGGCGGAGGAGCUGGCGGCGGCGGCCCUGGCGCACAUACCCCUGGCCGACACCGUGGGCCGCGGUCGCUUUGACGCCGGCGGCGCCGAUGGCUCACAGCCACAGCCGCAGCCACAGCCAGCAGCAGCAGACGCGGCGGCGGGCGACGCUUCUGCCGCCGCCGCCGCUGCCGCCGCUGCGUCAUGAUGAACCCCCGCACCCACCUGCCUACGCACCCACCUGCGCGCCUGCAUAACGGGCUGGCGGCGGCGGCGUGUGGUAGGAUGGUGCGAGGACUGCUGGGCAACUGGGAGCAGCUGCCUUGCACAUAGGCACGACGGCGACAGACGCACCCACGCAUCCCGCGCACGAGGGGGUGGGGUGGGCUAGGCGACUUAGAUUGUUGAGUUGGGUUGAUAAGUAAUGCAUACCGUGUGCCAUCACGGAUCAGGAGAGAUACCGUAUGCACCGUUUGUGCACCGACGAUGCGAUGGUGAAGGGUGGUUGAGUGGUGGCGGUUGUGAUCGCACACAAGCAAAGAACGCAUUGCUACCGUACACUAGUUCGCCUAAACCUUACUUGGUGUUACUAUGCACACAUGCAUGUGACGUGCGUGUGAGGUUUGGGCACGGGGUUGGGUGCGGGGGAUUCUUCGCCCCACCCUUCGUAUGACACGUAGUUCGAUAGAUAGGGCUACGGCCUGCCAGCCAUGCACACAUGCAUACAUAAUACAUAGAUACAGCACGGGCGGUCCAGCAGGCACUCAUUGGCAACGCUGACUGGGGGCGUUAGCGCAGCCCGCUACCCGCACGACACGCAUGCAUCUAAAUCGCAGAGAACUGCUUUAACUGUGCUGUUCCGCGUUACUGUAACACGCAUGUUCG